UUGUUUUGUUUCAGAUAGCACCAGAGAGCGGAUACAUGGAAGAAAGACCUGAAAGGAAAGUGAUUAAAAUUCCGCGUAACCCGAUUAUCUCGAAUUAAACUACCUCGUUCCACGCUAAUAAUCCAGCGAUUCAGGUCGUUUAAUCUCAAUUAAAACUCGACGUUACGCUAACUGUCUCCUGAUUAAUCUAGAAUAAACCGAAUAAAAAUGCCCUGAACGCGAUGACGAACUUCAAAUUCCUCUCCGGUAAUUUCCCUGAUUAACUGUCGAGUGUCAAAAACGAUGGCGGAAAACACCACUAUCAACGCCACCUUGGAAUGGGCAACUCCAGCCUCCAACCUCACACCUAGUUACAUCAACAUCACCGAAGAAAUGCCCAUCGGCUACGCAGUGCCCUUGUAUGGUUACGUCAUGCCCUUCUUGUUUGUCAUAACGAUCGUUGCCAAUACUCUCAUUGUCGUGGUGUUGAGCAAGAGGCAUAUGAGGACCCCGACGAAUGUGGUGCUGAUGGCCAUGGCCCUCUGUGAUAUGUUCACGCUGCUGGUGCCGGCUCCGUGGCUGAUAUACAUGUACACUUUUGGCAACCAUUACAAGCCUCUGGGACCAGGCAGGUUGUGUUAUACCUGGAACGUAAUGCAUGAGAUAAUCCCAAACAUGUUCCACACAUCGAGCAUAUGGCUGACCUUGGCCCUGGCAGUCCAGAGGUACAUCUACGUAUGCCACGCGCCCUUGGCGAGAAAAUUCUGUACUUUGCCGAACGUGUACAAGUGCCUGGCCAACAUUAUGUUUUUCGCCGCUCUCCAUCAAGGGUUUCGAUUUUUCGACACGGAAUAUGGAACGGUUAGUAUUUUUCCUUUCAUCCGCAAACUUGCAUUGUUCUUUCAUCUCAAGGCUGUCGGGUAUCUAUAA